UGUCGAUGAAUUAACAUUAGAAGUUAGACGCUUACGUGAUAACCCGCUACCAGAAAUGCCACCUAUGAAACGUGUGAAGCGAAAAGAAAACUGUGAUGAAAAGGAUUUGAACGUCACAGAAAGAUUGUGUCAGUUGAUUCGGAGUGGAAAUGUAGCUGAAGCCAAAAAAACUUUCAAUCUAUGGGAAAAAUCUUUGAGGAGCACUUUUCCACAGAAACGAAAACGAAAAGUGUGCACUUGUCCAGUCUGCUUUCAAGACAAGACUGAUUUAGUGGUUCAUCUUGUUCGAGUACAUCAGAUAACGGAAGAGAAUGCCAAAAGUUAUAAAAGCGGAAUCAGUUCAAAUAACGAGAGAAAAAGAUUAGCCAACGAGCAAAGGAAAACCAAACCUCGAUUUUACCGGAAAAAGAUUUGUUCCAUUCUGGGCUGCUCAAAAGUGGUUGUUCGAAUAGAAAAUCAUUUGAGAGAAACACACAAAAUUAAAGAUAACAAAAAAUUUAAGGCUGCUCUGAAAGAGGCCAUUGCUUUCGAGGAAUUUACACCUAAAAAUGGUUUAAGCGAAGAUAGCGCGACAAGUAGUUGCAGCGAAAGUAGCGAACGGGAAGAGGAAAACAAGAUCAUGAGGAAUGGUUGAAUGAAGUACCUCAAAGUUGCUGAAAAUAUGUCGCCUGUGAAUUCCAAUGAUAGCAGCGAUGAAGAUUGGUUUUCGAGAAAGGUUAGAAAUAUUGCGGAACGUAGGCGAGAAGAAAGAGAGCGUAGAACUAGUAAGAAAAUUAUUAACUUUGUUAAUUGCAGAUUUUGUUGACAUACGAUUGUGUGCCUGUUCAAAAAAUAAAUGUUUGAUAUUGGUUGCCGUAAUAAUUUCUUUCUUCUUAAAGUGAGACGCACUGGAAUUAAAACAUUAACCUGUUGAUUAAUUCCCUGUUAAAAAAAACAUACUUCUCAAAUCACACUUUAUUUACGAUUAAAAAACAGGUGAAUCAAACAAGAUUACUUUCAAAAGUGCGCUGUUAAAAGACUAGGUUAAGCAAAGAUGUUUUUAAAGUCGGAAAAAUUUAUUCUCAUGUGACAUUAUGCAAAUGUUUUUUUGCGCUUUGAAUCUAAAAAUCUUUAUGACCUAGUGAGUUGAACAAUGACUUUAAUAACGAAAUCAAUAUACACCCAAAACCCUCAAUACAGAUCUGGGGUGUAAUAAUUAAUAAAAAUUAGGGUGAUAAUUUGCUUAGAAAACUAUUUUUAUGUACACUAGGCGAAAGACAAGAAGAAACUGGUUUGGUUAAGCAUCGAAAAUCUUCUUCCACGAUUUCUAGAGGUAGGUUUGUAUGUUUUAUAACUAACUAUUACAAAUAAACGAUCUCUUCAUUCAUUCAUUAUUUCAUUCACUCAUUCAUUCAUUUUUCCAAAAAAAGGCUACUUUCAAUCGCGAAAUUUAAAAAAAAGCAGAUUUUCACUGAAACACGUCACCGUCUAAGCUCUAAAAUGUGAAUUUUCAUAGUUGCCCAAGGCAAGUAUAAUUUUCCAGUUUUUAGGGGAGGGAGAUUAUCACAGGGGUGUGUAUUUAAAACAAGGAGACCCUUAUAACAUUUCAAAGAUUCUAGUGAUUCGAAUAUGAAUAACCAGUUAAGUUCAUUCUUUCUUUUGUUGGGGCGAAAAGAAGAAAUACUACGUUAAAAGUUUUACAUGGCAGUUAAAAUUCCCAGAAAAUUAAGCUGUAACUUUUUUAAUAAGAAGAUUUUUUUUAAGAUCAUUUACGAGUUUUUUUGUUUUUUGUUUUGGUUGAUACGAAUCUGAAAAAAAAUUCUAUUAAGCGCCUCUUUCUUUUAGAGGGAACAAUACUUGUUACAUGGGGCGCUUAAAUGAGGGGGGCGCUUAUAAAAAAAAUAAUUCUAGGGUGAUUGGUUGCUGCUUGUUUCGUUGAUUCGCUAUUUUAUUACUUUCACUGUUAAUAAUAUACGAUUCCUUGUCUCAUCUUAGCUCCCUCCAUAGCAAGUGUUGGUCCUUUAUCUGUCG